AUGUCUAAGUAUGUGUAUUUGAUUCUGAUGUUUUCUUUUGCGGUGUUACCAGGAUAUAUCGACGCCAAGCGAGGAUACACGGAACAUCGGAUUUUCCCAAACGUACCUGACACGUGUGAGAUAGGAUGUACGAGUAAGUGUCAGAGAGCAGGUGUUCGAACACCACAAUGCACGCAACAGUGUCAAGUAAAUUCCGAGAAUACUUGUUUCCCUGCUUGUCAUUAUUACUGUAUAAACCAACGUGGUUCAAGGGCCUAUAAGACGUGCAUCGACAGUUGUUCAACUAAGAAAUCUGAGGGCAAUAUCUAUGGGUGGUGUUAUAGUGGAUGCAUUAUCAGAAAUGGACCUCGGAGUUACACCAGCUGUUUGAACCAAUGUAAAGUUGAACCGACAAAGGGCGUAUUUGAAGUAUGCUACCACAAUUGCAUAUCGAGAAAUGGCGAGAGAUAUUAUAGCACCUGCCUGCCUAAAUGUUACAUCAAUAGCCAGACUGAUAUGGUUUAUGGCCCAUGCUACGCGGACUGUACGAUACGGAAUCCCCGGGGAUAUGAAUCUUGCAAACAUGAGUGCACUAUGAGAAAGGCAGAGGGCAAUGUAUACAAAACCUGUUCAAACGAAUGUACCGUUAAGCCGGAAAAGGACGUAUUUGAAUCAUGUUACCACGACUGUAUCUCAAAACUCGGCGAGAGACAAUACGGCACCUGCCUGCGGAAAUGUUCCUUCACCGACCAGACUGAAUCGGUGUAUGGUCCUUGUUACGGGAAAUGUAUGAUACGGAAUCCUGGAGGAUACACAUUUUGUAAAGAUACAUGUACUCUUAGAAAGCCGACGGCGAUUUUCAAUCCAUGUUACUCGAAAUGUAUGUCAUUGGCUAAAUCAUGGUCAACAAGUGCGUAUCAGCAGUGUUUGCGAGAAUGUGAUUUUGAUUCUACAGACGCUAGCAUUUAUGGUCCGUGUUAUAGGCCUUGUACCUUAGCCUCAUCAUGGGAUACCAGGAGAUAUAUUGGUUGCGUAAAUGAAUGCAGAGUCACGCCGUCAUCAUGUGGUCAGAGUAGUGGACAAUGUGCCAUAUAUGGAUUAUGUUACAGUAAAUGUAUGAGAUACAAUAGAAACAGAGGCUCCUCGAACUGGAUUCAUUGUCUAUCAAAUUGUGCUUAUCAAGAUAGUUUACGACCCAACGAACAAGGUUUCAAUAGAUGUAUUCGAUCACGCGGGGAAGCCUCGUAUUCAUAUUGCCUUAAACAGAAUACAUCGGCCUAAGAGGAGGAGCAGGGUGUGGCGUGUACACACGGAUAUGAAAACUCGGCUCAAUGCAUCGUGGACGAUUUUAAGUUUUGUAUCAUACAUUCAAUGAUAC